UUUAACAUCGACUUUAUUAUCUGUUUGUGUCACUAAAAAAAUGGAUCGUCCAACUAACCUAACUGACCCCAAUGUUUGGUUAGCCAGUAUGACCAACAAGUAUCGAUCAAAUCCGAACUUUUGGAGUACACUACCCGACAGUCUAUAUCGGUCACUAUGCGGUGGCAGCGGUGGCGGCACCGUUGACCAUAAUAAUACUGAUAACGGUGAUACUACUGAUAGUAGCUCUAGUAGCUGCUGUACGGGAACAGGUGGUCGACUAACAGGACGGCUGCGGCAUACUUCCAGAUCAAUAUCAUUGGCAUCAUCGACAUCGACAACAACAUCAUCGUCAAGCAUCAUAACAAACAAUACGACCGCUGAUAACGGUAGUGAUGUUGACAAUUUAUAUGAUGGACAGCACUCGGAUUACAUGGAAACGGUAGGCCAACAGGAUGUCGGCGAUAUACGCUGUUACAUAUGUACCGACUAUCUGGUCGAUCCGGUUCGCUGUACCAAUUCGGUCGAUAGUCACGCUGAGCCGAUUGAAGAUUUUUACGGGUCCUAUGGCUCAGACACCUAUCACGCUGCCUGCUAUCAGUGUGUAGUCAAUCAAUUUUAUGAGCACCUGGUCCGGGAUCGUUAUCUGCCACUGGACCUGGAUUGUUGGUGUCGGGAGAAAAAAUUCUACAUCAACAAUCUGGUACCCAUUAAUCUAAAAUGGACCCGAGCACUCAAUCCCGUAUAUGUAGUCGAGUGUACCAACCAGUGUGGUCUAAUGGGUUCGCUGAUAGCCAUGAGCCGACAUGUGUGUCCUAAUCUUUCGGCUAAUAAUCAUCAUAUUGUUGGCCGAUUGUUUAGUAUGAGUGCCGAUUGUGAUGGUGCCGGUGCUGGUGCUGGUGGACAGUUGGCCGAAUUGAUACUUGAAAAACAAAAACAACAAUUGGAAAUCGAUAGACUUAAAAACCAGAUUGACCACAAACAACAAUUGAUACAGGAGCAAUCGGAUGAAAUUAGACAAUUAAAAUUGUUACAUAUAGUCUAUGCACUGGGUCAGUUAUAUAAUAAUCAUAUGGACAUUGAUGAUGCAGAUGCAGGUGCAGCUGCUGCUGCUAAUGAUGGUGAUAGUAGUAAUGAUAGCAACAAUACUGUUAAAGUAAUUGAUAAUAUAUGGCUUAUAGAUGAUGAUGAUGAUGGGGAUGAUAAUACCAAUAAUGAUGCCAUCAUUAAUAAUAAUAAUAAUAAUACAAUUGCCGAUAAUUUUGGUGAUCAUAUAUUUUUCGAGUUUGUUGACCACGAAUAUCGUGACGAUAUGGAAGAUAAUCUAUAG